AUGGCGACUGUCAAUAGGAAUAUGUUCGGAGCGAGCAUAACCCAACCGCCUGGCGGUACCCAGUUGAUGGUUCUGCCGUUGAAUCUCAUCGCGGAGAUUGUGUCGCAUGUCGACGAUACAGGCGAUCUCGCCCGGCUAUGUCGAACAUGUCGGGUCCUCAAUUAUAUGGCGCUGCCACAGCUAUACCGGAGCCUGACGCUGACCUCCUACGACAAAAUUCGUUAUCGCGGUGAACAACCAGAAGGAAUAGGGAGUGCCAGUCCCUUCACGAUGGGGUUGAAUGCGAUUAUUACACGAUCUUAUGCGACGCUGGUACAGUCGAUGACACUACGCGGGGAAUGGAAAGACCAUGAGCUGGAGGAGCAUGCCCGAGUCGGCCGGGUGCCCGACGCAUCGAUGUUGUUGAACAUCGCCGCCCGCGCUGCGGUAGAUCGCAUGACUAAUCUGGAAAGCUUCAAUUGGGAACUGAACACCAAAAUGCUCGACACGGUUUAUACAGGGCUGACCCAGCUGCCGAAGCUCACAUCCCUGACGAUCCGGUUUCCGUCCAGUCGUCACCCACAGCCCACUUUCGUGAUACCGGGCAUGCCGCAUUUGCGAUGUCUGAAAAUCACCGAUAUCGACCCGCUAUGCUACCCCGAUGAUAUUGCGACUCUUCUUUGUAAAAGUAGGAAACUGCGCGAAUUGAAAUUACAUUGGUCGCCACGCAUGCGAGAUGCACACGAGCCUAGUGUCUCUCUGCAUGAUUACUUCCGCAAGCUGAUCGCAAGCAAGCAGCCCCUGGCGGUUAAGAAAUUCUCCUUCCAGAAUCUGUAUGCCUUCCACACCGACGAUUUCAACUACGCUUUUGAUCCGACGACCGUCGAAGAUGUCACAUUCCUCAGUGGUGUUGAGGGCUCUAGUCUGGUCAACACAUUCGUCGAGAGCAGCUGGCCGACAGUCCCACCCCAUGCCAAGCUCCGCAUGAAAUCCGUUCGGAUGGAUGCAGUGUCAAAACGGAACUCGGAGUUCAUUGGGAAUUUCUCUGGACUCGAGCGGCUAUACUUCGUCAAUGUCACAUCGGAAUCAAGCGACCUUCUCAAUUCUCCACGACCCGGAGGAGGCGCCGUCUCAUCAGCGCUUACGCCCCCAACAUCCGAACACCAUUUGUCUGCGCCCAACGGAACCACAACCAACUCUCCUAUUACUUCUGCUUCUCCGGCUAGCCAGCUCAGUGUUAUGGCUAGCAUACGAGACCUCUACCUUUCACACAUUACCACAAAUCAUGGCGCGACAUUGCGCCAUCUCCUUCUCCCAUCUAAAUGGCCUCUCUCCACCGGGAUGGUCGCGCGACUCGUUCACAGCUGUCCAAAUUUGGAGCAGCUCGCCCUCGCUACCGAAUUUUCUAGCAUGGACUCACUGGGAUUGCUAAUACCCUUCCUCCGGAAGCUGAAAGCGAUCCGACUUCUCAUACCCCCAACCUCUGCACAGUCCUCAAAUGGUCCUGCAGGUUCUACACCGAAGAUGCCAGCAUGUGCACGAGGAAUGGCAGUGUCCAAUGUAAGCACAGUGAUGCAAGAGACAUUCAUGAAUGCCAAGACUCUUGCAGAGGUGGUGGACAUCGACGACUCGCUCCUGGCAGAAACGUUGAGUUACGAUCUUGGCAACAAACAAGUUUACGGAAACGUGAAGAUCAUCAGUAUGGGCUGGAAAGCGUGGGAACUGCGGGACUUCUACAAAGCCCCGGUCCCAUUCGUGAUCAAUAAAGAGCCCCCAAUACCAACAGAUGGCGAUAAUGCAUCCCCGGAGACAACCACAAAUAGCCCUGUUCCCACGCAGGGUACCAACGGUGCUGGACUCAACACACCGUAUCAGCCUUCCGUCGCCUAUAAGUCACCCGAUACACAGACAACACAUAUCUCUUCUUGGUCAAAUCCAAGAUCCGGCGUCCUACCACCGUCAACAUUAGGGAAACGAUCGCGAGAUCGAGAUGAUAGCGAAACUCCCAGACCACCAACAAGCGGCCCGUAUAUUCCUGACAGGCACGAAGACAGUGAGGAUCCUACGGCCUUCUACCCCGGCUGCUACCCGUACACCCUGGCCGAGGAUGGUCUUGUGUGGAGACGGCGUGUGCGACGGGUUGGGUGGGAGGCUCUGAAGCAUUGGGAGGUGUGGGCGUUGGAUGCGCAGGAGAUUUGA